AUGUCGGACAAAGUCCUGAGUAUGGAGGAGGUUGCCAAGCACAACACCAAGGAAGACUGCUGGGUGGUCCUCUACGGCAAGGCCUACGACUUGACGAAGUUCGCAAAGGUCCACCCCGGGGGUGCAAAGCUCAUCACGGAUGCCGCGGGCAUGGAUGCAACAAAGAUCUUCGACCCCAUCCAUCCCAAGGACAUCAUGGACAAGCUCCUGAAGCCGGCCUUGACGAUGGGCGUCGUUGAUGCGGCGACAAUCAAGCCAGAGCAUGUGGCAAAGCCGCCUGAGGCUCACAAGCCAGCACCCAAGAAGAAGAAGGCCGUGACGGAUGAGGCCGAGGAGGAGGUUGAAGAGUUCAAGAAACCACCUCUGAAUGCCAUGCUGAACAGCUUCGACUUCGAGAGCGUCGCCCGCGAGGUCAUGGAGCCACAGGCCUGGGGAUAUUACUCCUCGGGCGGCGAUGACGAGAUCACGCUCCGGGACAACCACCUGGCCUUCCAGCGCAUCACGAUGCGCCCCCGGAUCUUGGUGAACGUGCGGGAGAUCGACAUGACCACUCACAUCCUGGGUGUCCCAGCAUCUGUGCCCCUGUACUUCACAGCCACGGCCCUGGCGAAGCUUGCUCACCAGGACGGAGAGGUGGCGAUUGUGAAGGCGGCCAAGAAGGCUGGCGUGCCCUACAUGCUUCCCACCCUGAGCUCCUACACACUCGAUGAGAUGCUGGCUGCACGGACCCCGGACCAGCAGGUCUUCUCCCAGCUCUACGUGAACCCAGAGCGCUCGAGGUCCGAGGAGUACGUCAAGAAGCUGGAGGACGCGGGCGUCAAGGCGCUCUUUGUCACCGUGGAUGCACCCCAGCUCGGCCGCCGCGAGAAGGACAUGAGGAACAAGUUCACCCAGCAGGGCUCCGAUGUCCAGGGCGACGAUGAGGAUGACGGUGCGCUGCUGUUGUGA